CGUCAAGUGAUGCACGUGAAAAAGAUCUUUUUAGAUUAUCAACAAACGAUUAUCAGCUGAUAAUUUGGCAGUGUUACCGUUUUUGACAAAUUGACAACACACCAUGAAGAUUGUAAAAAUGACUAUCCAUGAUACAUGGAGAAUGGAGGGUAAGGGAACGUAUAUGUUCCCCACUGGAACCCGUUACGAGGGUGAACUGAAAGACAGCAUGUUCCAUGGUAAGGGAACGCUGUUCUUCACCAACGGCAGCAAGUACGAGGCAACAUGGGACAAUGGCUAUGCUGUAGAGGGCAAGUACACAUUCUCGGACGGCCUGGGGUACGAGGAAGAGAAGUGGGAGUACUGUGAUGGCUAUGACAGGAGGUUCUACACUGAAAUCUGCAAUGGACUCAAGCCUGCAGGUCGAUCUCAGCUGACGAACCGUGUCCCCCCACGAGACAUCCCCGAGGGCUGCUACGACUGUGGCGAUGGCUUCUACAAUCCAGUAUCUCGUGUAGUUGUUGAUUAUAACCAAAAGUUCUUAAGGAAUGCAGAUGAUGAUGAACACGACUGGAUCGUGAGGACGUGCAGGAAGGGCUGGGACGAGUACGUGGGCUACACAGCCAAGCCCACAGCGUGAUGCCCUCCAUCCUCCUCGCCCUCCUUCUACACACUCCGUCCAAUCUUUUGUAACAGUUUAUAUUUAAAACUCAACUUGUUGAGGAUUUAGCCCCUUUUAUUUGAGAUAUAUUUAUCUAAACUUUUGAGAGUAAAUUCAUACAAGGUAAUGAGAACCAUUUUACAUCAAAUUUUGUAUAUUUCUACAAACACUUUCAUAAAGUUUCUAAAGUAUUGUGUUCUGUAAAUCACUGUUUUCAUGACUUACAUUUCUUCCAACCCAUCCGUAUCAAGAAAGAGCACACUACCAUAUUUGUAAAUAUGUAUAUUUAUUGGUGUAUGUAUGAACAGAUGAAUAAAUAUUCCCAAAUGUACAAUUAUGUGUUGGUCUUUAUUUCAACAAAUGAUCUAUUCAAGCAAUCAUUGGUGCACAACGUAAGAGCUGGCUUGUCACAAGGCCGUCAGAAUCUCAAUUCAUGGCCUUUACAGUCUAGCGCUUUCCCUGAUGCCAAAAUCCAGUAAAACAUGUGGGAGUCACAAUAACAUCAAAUAUUAGAUAGCUGUGCAAUAAAGAUCAAUGAAGAACGAAGCAUGUUUUUUUUCAUGAUGAAACGUUGUUUCAUCAUGACAUCAUUUCUGGAGAUUUGAACAUGCGCUUGCAACUUCAUGACAUUAUUUUUGAGAGGGAGGUGAGUUGUUACCCAUAGAAGUAUCUGGGCAACACAGAAAAACACAAUGGCCAAAUGAUUGCACCCAAAAGUGGCAACUGGUCAUGGGAGAAAAGGUACCGAUAAUCAACGUGAGAAUUA